AUGCCUAAAAGACCGCUGGGAUUGGGCAAGAAAGAAAAGCUUAAGAAGCACAAGUCCGGGGAUUCAACCUCGAAGGGGAUUACACCAGUAAACCAAAUUGAAGUAGAACUUGAUGGAAAUGGCGAUCCGGACGAUGCGAUUGUACAGCUGAGGUCUUUGUGGAAGUGCUACUUGCAAUGCAAUCGUGAGGAUGAGUUGGUUCUCAAUGGAAUAAUCCAUGAAUGUGACAGACUACUGAGUAACCAAGACGAGGAAAAUGUGGAACUAAAUGAUGAGUUUCAUGCUAUUUACGCUCAGGCUUUGUCUGAGUUGACAAUUUUCAAAGCAGGCGAAGCGAAAGAUGAUAAAAAGCAGAGGGAAAAGAUAAUUGGUGAAUUUUUCGAUGCCGCUUUACAGCGGGUGGAGUCUGGCUUGGCGAAAUUCCCGGGAUCGAAGCUUUUGCAACUUGCGAAAUCAAAAAUUAUCUUCCAAAGGAUCCCGCUCCAAUACAUAUCACAGUUAAAAGUGGACAGCUCGAAUGCGGACGAGUUGCGGUUAGACGAGCUACUGGAAGAAGGUAAAAGGAACUUUCACGCUGUGGAAGGUAAUCCUUUGGCGGUGAGUGAGCCGCUCGAGAUUUUCAACGAUUUACUUGACAUUGUAGCCAAUUUUGGUCGCGAAGACGAACUUGGGGAAGGGCUUGAUAGCGAUGACGAAGAAGAAGAUAGUGAGGUUGAGCUUAAACAGUCUCAUCCUCUAUACAAUAUUAAGAAGAAUUUAGAUAGCAAUACGGAAUGGCUCCGCACGCAUUUGACGGCUUUUUUCAGUAAACUUCCAAAACCUUCUAAAGAGGACAUCGAAGAUAACUCUGCAGACUAUGAAUUUUACCGCAAAAUUGCUCGUAUGAUAGGUCAAACGUUUUUGGAUGCUGCAUCAGAACCGUUACUCACUUUCACUACAUACACGUACGAUGUUGAUGAUGCUAGUGCAGAAGAGAAGAAAAUUGCCAAAGAAUCCCAGAAACAUGCACAGGAACUAACUAAGAAUGCAUUGCACUACUUUGAACUCGCCGAAUCACCUGACCAUCCUGAAUCAUGGGUUGAUACGGCAGAAGUUUUCAUUACUAUGGGAAAUUUGCAAGAAGACGAAAUAAAACAGUCAGGAUUGUACAAAAAAGCCGAGGAAAGAAUUGAGAAAGCAAAUGUAGCUACCAAUGGUAAGUUCAAGCACAUUUUGAAGGUAUUAUUACAAGAUUGA